GUCUGUGUAGUCGAACAUAGAUACUUGCACAUCGCUGAUGCAAUACAUUGGCCCAGUGGCACGUUGAAGUCGGCUUUCUGUUUUAAGAAGGCUUCACCAGCGAUCCAAGUUUUCUACUGCUCCUAGACGGGAAAGCAGCCAUGGGGGAUCACUUGAGUCCAGAGGAGAAGUUUCAUCUCAUCACCAGGAAUUUGCAGGAGGUUCUGGGUGAGGACAAGCUGAAAACCACCUUGCAGGAGAGAGAGCUGAAAGUGUACUGGGGCACUGCCACCACAGGGAAACCCCAUGUGGCCUACUUCGUGCCCAUGUCCAAAAUCGCUGACUUCCUGAAGGCAGGCUGUGAGGUGACCAUUCUGUUUGCUGACCUGCAUGCCUUUCUGGACAACAUGAAGGCUCCCUGGGAGCUGCUGGAGCUGAGAACACAGUACUAUGAGCAGGUGAUCAAAGCUAUGCUGGAGAGUAUCGGCGUGCCCCUAGAUAAGCUGAAAUUUGUCAAGGGGACAGACUACCAGCUGAGCAGAGAAUACACCCUGGAUGUGUACAGACUCUCCUCCAUGGUCACAGAGCAUGAUGCCAAGAAAGCUGGGGCAGAGGUGGUGAAGCAAGUGGAGCACCCCCUGCUGAGUGGGCUUCUGUAUCCUGGCCUGCAGGCUCUGGAUGAGGAGUACCUGAAAGUGGAUGCCCAGUUUGGGGGUGUAGACCAGAGGAAGAUCUUCACGCUGGCAGAGAAGUAUCUUCCCUCAUUGGGCUAUGCCAAGAGGAUCCAUAUGAUGAACCCCAUGGUCCCGGGACUCACAGGGGGAAAGAUGAGCUCUUCGGAAGAGGAGUCAAAGAUUGACCUCCUGGACAGGAAAGAGGACGUGAAGAAGAAGUUGAAGAAGGCCUUUUGCGAACCGGGCAAUGUGCAGAGCAACGGAGUCCUGUCUUUCGUCAAACACGUCCUCUUCCCCCUUCAUGCAGAGUUUGUCAUCAAGAGGGAUGAGAAGUGGGGGGGAGACCAAACCUAUACAGUUUACGAGGAAGUGGAGAAGGACUUUGCAGCGGAGGUCAUUCACCCAGGUGACCUUAAGGCCUCUGUGGAGGUGGCCCUGAACAAGCUGCUGGAUCCCAUCAGGAAGAAGUUUGAGAGCCCAGAAUUGAGGAAACUGACUAAUGCUGCCUACUCUGACCCCUCCAAAAAAAAGGGAGCAGCAAAAGGAAACCCUAAAAACACAGAGGAGGACGACGUCGUUCCCUCACGACUGGAUAUCCGAGUGGGAAAAGUGGUCAGUGUGGAAAAGCACCCGGAUGCUGACUCGCUGUACUUGGAGAAGAUUGACGUGGGGGAGGCGGAGCCUAGGACAGUGGUGAGCGGGCUGGUGGCCUACAUUUCCCAGGAGCAGCUGCAGGAUCGGCUGGUGGUGCUGCUGUGCAACCUCAAACCGCAGAAGAUGAGGGGCGUGGAGUCCCAGGCCAUGCUGCUGUGUGCCUCUGUCGAGGGGGAGCCUAGGAGGGUGGAGCCGCUGGACCCCCCAGAGGGCUCAUCGCCAGGGGAACGUGUUUUCGUGGAGGGCUACGAGGCGGGCAAGGCAGACGAUGAACUGAAGCCAAAGAAGAAGGUGUUUGAGAAGUUACAGGUGGAUUUGAAAAUCUCAGGUGAGUGUGUUGCUCAGUGGAGAGAGAAGGACCUCAUGACCAAACUCGGACAGGUCACCUGCAAAACUUUGAAAGGCGGGAACAUCAGCUAGACCCCCCCAUACCAGCCUACAUGGAUUCUUCCAGUCUCCAUGACAACUGGACUUGCACAGGCAGGAAGGAACAUUCAUAAAAGGUGGAGGAUUGAGGAGGAGGGGGAAUUAAUGAGAGAACCUCUAAUUAAUGUGUACAGUUCCACAGGAUUUCCUGUGCUGUUAAAUGGCUUUACGCCUCAUUUCUGUUCUUGAGGUUUAUCAUGGUAUUACCUUCCCUCUCAUUAUUUACUAUCAAAAUAUAAAACAAAACAGUUUCCGCAGAUUAUGUACACUUCAAUACCAUUGUACAUAACGAUCUUGUGUACAUUCAGGGCUUAUGUGACUGGCAUGUUUAUUGUUAUUAUAUUUUAAUUGACGGCAGUUGUAAUCCAUCUCUAUUCCAAUGGCUUGUGGAGCACUUCAUACAAGCCAGGAGUUAUUUUCAUAAUAUUCAGUAAUAUUUAUACAGUCCAUGUACCAUCUCUCUCCCACAAAAGGUGUGUCCCACAAAAAUGAUUGUGUCCUGAAACAUUCCAGUAAAACUGGAAACAUUUGGGUGAUAAGCAUGCGACUGGUCUAACUGUAAGGUUUGGUAUGUCUUCAUUUCAACUCAACUCCCAAGAUCCUGUAUUCAGCCAUCGGAUUGUCCAGUUAUCUGGAAUUGUAGGUAGUGAUGGACCGGUUGCACUGGAAGUCAGAAUUCAGUUUUAAAAUACAAAUUCAUUAGCCUAUAACUUGUGAUGGAUAUAUUAUUGUUGUGUAACCAACUGCAGGGCUUCAUUGUAACAAUCACUGGCACCACUCCCACAUAACAUGAUUUGUACAUUAAAUCGCUAUAUUACUGUU